CGGCUGUGAGAUGACUGCCAUGGAGAGAUCUGGGAACGUGAGGGUUUCAUAAAGGCUGAAGAGAAAAAUGGAGCCUGAUAAACACACAGGCUCUCUCCUCUCGUGGUUCAGUCAUGAUGGAUGAGGCUGAUGAAUUGAGUGAAAGAGGUCUCAGCAACUCCAGGAAGAGAUAUGAUGAUGAUGAAGACUACCAUUCCAUUUACAUCGGGGUGCCAAUGCCACGGGGCUACAGGAGGAAAAGGCGCAGACGGAGAUCCACCUCCAGCCGGGAUAAAACCAGUGAGAAUGAAAGGCUCUACGAGCGCCAGGACCGAUCAGAUACCGAUGAAGGAGGGCAAGCAAGCUAUGACAAUGGGAACGACAACGCCAGCAGGACGAUGUCUCCAGCUGCUGAACGCCUUCGUUACAUCCUGGGUGAAGACGAUGACCCUCCAAACCCCACCCUGUUCACUGAGAUGGACACACUGCAGCACGAUGGGGAAGAAAUGGAGUGGAAAGAAUCUGCCAGGUGGAUAAAGUUUGAAGAAAAGGUGGAAGAAGGAGGGGAGAGAUGGAGCAAACCUCAUGUGUCAACGUUAUCUUUGCACAGCCUGUUUGAACUACGCACGUGUCUACAGACAGGGACGGUGCUCCUAGACUUAGAUGGCUACUCCUUACCACAGAUCAUCGAUGAUGUUAUUGAAAAGCAGAUAGAGGAUGGUCUGCUCAAGCCAGAGCUGAGAGAGAAAAUAAGUUACGUGCUCCUGAGGAAACACCGCCACCAGACCAAGAAGCCAAUCCACCGAUCCUUGGCAGACAUUGGCAAAUCGGUCUCGUCCAACACAAAUCGCAGUCCUGUCCGGAGCCCAGCAACAGGGGCCAGCUUCCACCGCUCCACCGAAGAUCUUAGAAUGAGACAGAACGCAAAUUAUGGACGUUUACGCCAUGCGCAAAGCAGAAGCAUGAAUGACAUUACAGAUACACCAAGCACAGAUCAGGUACUAAAAAAUAAAUUCAUAAAGAAGAUCCCCAAAGACGCGGAAGCCUCCAAUGUCCUGGUGGGAGAGGUGGACUUCCUGGAGAAGCCAUUCGUGGCAUUCGUGAGGCUUAUACAGUCCACCAUGCUGGGCGGGGUGACGGAAGUUCCCGUCCCCACUAGGUUCCUUUUUAUUCUCCUGGGUCCUGCAGGAAAGGCAAAAUCCUACAAUGAAAUCGGCCGAGCUAUCGCCACCCUCAUGGUAGAUGACCUUUUCAGUGAUGUGGCCUACAAAGCCAGGGACCGAGAUGACCUGAUUGCAGGAAUAGAUGAGUUUCUGGAUGAAGUCAUUGUCCUCCCGCCAGGGGAGUGGGAUCCAAACAUUAGAAUAGAGCCACCCAAAAAAGUACCUUCCGCUGAGAAGAGGAAAUCAGUGUUCUCGCUGAACGAAGCAGGGCAGAUGAACGGCACCGCGGGAGGAGCGGCAGGAGGGGGCGGCGGCGGAGGUGGAGGGGGCGGCAGUGGCAGUGACGACGGAGAAAUGCCAGCUGUGCAUGAAGUUGGGGAAGAGCUUGUCUGGACGGGCAGGUUUUGCGGCGGCCUGUAUUUGGAUAUCAAGAGGAAGUUGCCCUGGUUCCCCAGUGAUUUCUACGAAGGCUUUCAUAUCCAGUCUAUCUCCGCCAUCCUCUUCAUUUACCUGGGCUGCAUCACAAAUGCCAUAACAUUUGGGGGGCUGCUUGGUGAUGCUACAGACAACUACCAGGGGGUCAUGGAGAGCUUCCUCGGCACAGCGAUGGCGGGCUCCCUGUUCUGCUUCUUUGCCGGGCAGCCGCUCAUUAUCCUCAGUAGCACAGGGCCCAUCCUCAUCUUCGAAAAGCUACUCUUCGACUUCAGCAAAGGCAACAGCAUAGACUACAUGGAGUUCCGUCUGUGGAUCGGCUUACACUCUGCCCUACAGUGCCUUAUCCUGGUGGCUACAGACGCCAGCUUCAUUAUAAAGUACAUCACACGCUUCACUGAGGAGGGGUUCUCCACCCUCAUCAGCUUUAUAUUCAUCUAUGAUGCUAUCAAGAAGAUGAUCGGCGCCUUUAAGUAUUACCCUAUCAAUGCAGACUUCAAACCAGACUACGUGACCAUGUACAAAUGCGAGUGCAUUGCUCCUGACCCAGUGAAUACAACAUUGUUCAAUGCUUCAGCUCCGCUGGCACCAAACAACACUAACAUUUCUGUGUACAAUGCUAUUAAUGUAACAGCUCUGGACUGGACCCAGCUGAGUAAGAAGGAAUGUCUAAAGUAUGGCGGAAGCCUAGUAGGGAAAUCCUGUAAAUUUGUUCCUGACUUAGCCCUCAUGUCCUUCAUCCUCUUCUUUGGGACUUAUUCCAUGACUGUAACGCUGAAGAAAUUCAAGUUCAGUCGCUACUUUCCUACAAAGGUCAGGGCCUUCAUUGCUGAUUUUUCCAUUGUCUUCUCCAUUCUGCUGUUCUGUGGAAUAGAUGCCUGGUUUGGCCUGGACACUCCAAAGCUGCAUGUUCCCAGUAUAAUUAAGCUACGUAAACUUAUUAGUGACUUCUCUAUCUUCAUGUCCAUACUAAUGUUUGUUGGUCUCGAUGUAUUGUUUGGACUGAAUACUCCUAAACUGCAAGUGCCUACUGAUUUUAAGCCCACUCGCUUAGAUCGAGGAUGGUUUGUGUUCCCGUUCGGUAAGAAUCCAUGGUGGAUCUACUUGGCCAGCGCCCUUCCAGCUCUGCUGGUUACCAUCUUGAUCUUCAUGGACCAGCAAAUCACAGCUGUCAUAGUCAAUAGGAAGGAGCACAAACUGAGGAAAGCGGCAGGCUAUCACCUGGACUUGUUCUGGGUGGGGGUCCUGAUGGCCGUGUGCUCAUUCAUGGGGCUGCCUUGGUACGUAGCUGCCACGGUCAUUUCCAUAGCCCACAUCGACAGCUUAAAGAUGGAGACGGAGACCAGCGCGCCAGGGGAGCAGCCACAGUUCCUGGGAGUGAGGGAGCAGAGAGUCACCGGAAUCAUUGUCUUUGUCCUGACUGGGAUAUCCGUCUUCCUGGCUCCAAUUCUGAAGUAUAUUCCGAUGCCGGUGCUGUAUGGUGUCUUUCUCUACAUGGGAGUUGCCUCUCUGAAUGGCAUUCAGUUCUGGGACCGCUGCAAGCUCUUCCUGAUGCCAGCCAAGCACCAGCCUGACUACGCCUUCCUUCGCCAUGUGCCCCUGCGGCGGAUCCACCUCUUCACCCUGGUGCAGAUCAUCUGCCUAGCCAUCCUCUGGAUCCUGAAGUCCACUGUGGCGGCUAUUAUCUUCCCUGUGAUGAUUUUAGCCUUAAUCUUAGUGAGGAAAAUGCUGGAUUUCGUCUUUUCCCAACACGACCUGGCCUGGAUUGAUAACAUCAUCCCCGAGAGAGAGAAAAAGAAGGAAGAUGACAAGAAGAAGAAGAAGAAAGGCAACAAAGGGGAAGAGGAGAGUGAGGAUGAGCCUCGGUUCCCAACACCCUCAGUUAUAAAGAUCCCAAUGGAACCCGUCCAAUCAGACCCCCAAAAUGGUAUCCAUUGCAUUACCAGAAAGAGGUCCUCCAGCUGGAGCUUUGCGUUCUGAUUCCUCUCCUAACGGUUCAGACUUGGAUCGCAGUAUUACGCUUCACCUGAAGAUUUCCUGCCCAUCAUCUCCUGCGUUUAACUACUCCCGAAACCCUCUCUGCGCCGUGCCCCAGGUGAAGA